AUGCCUCCUCCAACUCCCAAACCAGGCGACAUAGCCUCCGUGACGAGCGAUGCUUCCACCCUUAUCACGACCGAUUCUACCGCCGGACAUAGUGCGUUUUCGAGGCUCCGUCGGGCUCGCAGCAUCGCCGAUCAGGUCCGAGAUGUGUCUGCCAUCCCACAAGAAAAAUUAGACGUUGCCAACUUGCCAGCAAUUGAACACCACGGAAAGCAAUACAUUUUGGAGAAGUGGUUACACCGCCGGAGGCAGCGAACUUCCUGGAUCACCGGCCACGGCACAUAUCUUGUUGAGUUGGUUGGCAACAAAGCGGACGGUACUUUCUGGUCCUGUGGAUCAUGUAGUCAGCUGUUUUCCGCCAAUGCAACAACUGGGCCUACCACGCAUCUCAACAAGAGCCACGCCAUAUACGAGGAUUCAGAGGAGCCGCCGCGCAAGACAGCGAGGACGGUGCCUGUGGACGAGAUGUUCCGCCAAGAAGCGGUUCGGCGCGGGGCCCUUCGAGCACCGAUCCUGCAGAGCGAGUCUGAGACCAUCAAGUCCUUACUUCUACAAUGGAUCAUCUCUUCGAACCUACCAUUUACGGUCGUGGAGAGCCCCGAGUUCCGCAACAUCUCAACGGCAUUGGACCCUGAGAAAACGCGGGUGUUGUUGCCAGAGAGCGGCACAAGUGUGAAGAGGUUGCUGGUGGAAAAGUACCUCGAGCAGGCCGCUGUGGUGAAGAGAGAGAUAUCUUUAGCCCCGCCUCAGAUGAAGCACAUCUCCUUCGAUCUUUGGACCUCACCAAACUCGUAUGCUCUGCUGGGGAUUGUCGCGCACUACCUCGACAUCUCUGGAUCGCUUCAAACACGUUUGCUUGGCCUGCGGCGAAUCAGGGGGCAUAACGGCGGUGAAAAUCUUGCCCCAGCGAUUACAGAGGUUGCGGAGGAAUUUGGCUUAACUGAGUGCCUUGGUUAUCUUCAGUCAGAUAACGUGGAAUCCAACGACAAGUGUGUGGCGGCUGUGCUUCGAAGAAUCCACCCUGACCUUCCUGCCGGGAGGGUCUCAGCCCUCAAGCAACGCCGCCGUGUUCGCUGCUUUGGCCACAUCUUGAAUCUUGCCGCGAAGGCCUUGCUCGAGGGCAAGAACCCUGGCCUUUUGAGGUCGUUUGAGCCAGGUUCUCAGGCCCGACUUGAAGCCGAGGAAGAGAGAGAUCUGCUCGAGCAAUGGCGUAAACGAGGCCCUAUUGGAAAGCUGCACAACAUAGUGCACUUCGUAAGGCGGAGUCCUCAGCGGCGUGAUAGUUUUGCGGAGGUCAUGCCAGGGAAACUCACAGCCGAAGAAGUAGAAGAGUUUGGGCGCAUUCUGUUCGACGGUGAUCUAUCUUCCUUGCAAUUACGGCCGGAUAACGAUACUCGAUGGAAUUCCGUGUUCUUCAUGAUUGAAAGAGCGCUUUUGUUGAGGGUCCCGAUAGAAAUUUUCUGUCAUCGAUGGCACAGGGUGGAAAAAGAUCCCCAGAAAAAGCUCCCUGCCGAAGAUCUGUUGGAUCAAGAGGACUGGGCGGCGUUGGUGGCGAUAAAAUCUAUCCUUGAGCCGUUCAAAUCUAUCACCAAAAGACCGCAACGCACCGCCGGCCUACCGCGCAGACUUGCAGACUUCGCGGUCGACCUCCCAGGACAAAGAAAUCGGGUUCUCAGACCCUUAGAAGCGCCACCUCAGCCAGAGCCUCAACCCGAUCCACAGCUAGCGGUAGAGCAGGACCUCGCCAUCGACGGGCUUAAUUUUUUGCAAGUGAGCCUCGACCUUGCUAUCGCUAAACUGGAUAAGUACGUAGUCGCGAUGGAGCAGUCGCCAGCCUACUGGGCCGCCAUGAUUCUACACCCAGGGCACAGAACAAGGUGGUUGGAACGGAACUUCGGCUCAGACCGGCGCGACAAUAUCAUUGCUACGUUCAAGCGGUUCUACCAAGACGAAUACUGCAACGAGAAUGAUUCUCAACAGCCAGCCGCCGAACCUAUGCGCCUACAGCCGACUUAUUUAUAUGGACACGAUUACUAUGACCCGCCUGAAGACCCUAGCGACACCGACGAGGUCGAGACUUAUCUUGGGGAACCUGUUCAAAUGGUCGAGGCACCAUUAACUUGGUGGAAGGAGCAUCAAAGUCGGUUCCCGCGGCUAUCACGAAUGGCCUUUGACCUACUCACUAUUCCGGCCACGUCUUCAGAGUGUGAGAGGACUUUUAGUCAGGCCAAGCUGACUAUAGGGAUCCAACGGCAGUCGAUUCAUGACGACACAGUUGGUUUCUUGCGCGUCACCCUUGCGCCACAAAUUGUUGGAUUUAGAAGGCGGUGA